CUGUGGUAUCAUAGCAACCCGAUUCAACAGAAAAGAGGAAAAAUGUCGACCGAGAGAGAGAGAGACGCAAAAGAAUAUCUCGAGCAACACAAGAUUUUUGAGCUCAUGGACAACAUGACCAGCAUGCUCCUGUUUUACAGACCCGAGAACCCCAAGGAGUUUCUCAUUGAGCAGCUGGAGCUGCUGAAGGUUUCCCGGGAAAGUGGAAUGAGAGGGCCAAAUCUGUUUGACAACUCCAACCUGACUGCCCUCUACGGGAUAAUGGAUCCCGCUAACCAGAAGUAUAUCAGUUUUGCACAGUACAAGCAGGCUCUGACCAUGCUCGGCAUAAAAGACAUCAACCCUAACCCUGAGGGCAGAGCGCAAGACAAAAUAUCCCAUGAAAGUUUUAAAGCCGAAGCGAUGGAAGUUCUGAUGAGAGACUCAGCAACAUAUGCAAAAUUGUGAAAGUUUUUUUUUCUCCUUCCUCUGCAACGGCUGUUAUUUUAUUCCAUGUUAUGGUCAUAGAGAUAUUAUUUGUUUUGCUUCAGGUAGAAAUCGUGACGUUGCUAAGCCUGCGGAAAAUGCAGAAAUUCCCUGCUGAAUUGAGCUUAUUCUGGUUCAAUUUUUAUUUUUUUUUAUAUUAUAAAUUUGAAUAAAUAUACUAGCAUGCA